AUGUAUCUGUACGAGCUUCACUGGAAAUGGGUAAAACUUCAUUCAACAGAUUCCACAACCAUUUUACUUGACAACAAUCAACAAAUACUAUUCCAUCCAAGAACAAGUUCAUCAACGCAAGUUAUUCUUGCUGAUCAACCAUUACCAUCGAAUGGCAAACAUUAUUGGGAAAUCUAUAUGCCUGCUGUCUAUGGUACAUCAAUCAUGUUCGGUAUUGCCACUAACAAACAACAAUUAACCUCCUCUUCGUUCAUAAAUCUAAUUGGAAAUGAUGAACACGGGUGGGGAUUAUCACAUCGAGGUUUAUUAUGGCACAAUGGUAGUUCGCAUCAGUAUUUAUCUGAACCUAUCGAACCGCUACAGCCGGUUCUAAUUGGUCUAGAAUUUGAUGCUGAUGCACGAACGCUUUCAUAUACAAUCAAUAAGCAAUCAUUGGGCAUUGCGUUUCGGAAUCUACCAACGAAUGUGUCACUGUAUCCAGCAGUAUCAUCUACGAGUGCCCAAAGUACAAUGGUGUUGAAACAUCGAUGUAAAUUAUGUUCAAAUUUACGUGAGAUUUGUUUAAAAUACAUCAAAAGUUUAGGAUACAAAGAGCUUUAUGAUGCAUUACUACCUCGUCAUUUAAUUGAGCAACUUUUGUAG